GCUGUUUGGGCGCUGAGAUGGGAGGUCCCGCAGGAGAAGAAACAACACAACAGUCAGUCAGGCAGAGGGUCGCUGUUGUGGUGAGGAGAAACGCAGUCGCUGAUUUAUCCAUUCACUAGUGUCAAAAAUGUUGAAUUGCACCUGUUACUGAUACUUUGAGUGGAGACAUAAUGGGGAAUCAUCUGGCUGGUAUUGCUCCAUCACAAAUCUCACCAGUUGAGACGUACCUAUCUGAUCUUCCUGAUGUCCAGUAUGAAUCAAGUUUGGGAAGCACCAGGUUCCUCAAAGUUGCCAAGUGUAAGAUGUGGGAAGGUCUUGUAGUGGUGAAAGUGUUUGUUAUCCAUGACCCAACACUACAACAUCAGCUCUCCACAUAUAAAAAGAAAAUUGAAGAUGUCUCAACUAAAUUAAUAACAGCACCCAAUUGUCUGCAGUUUCAGUACUUAAAGGUAACAGAGAAGGCUGGAUUGAUGAUCAGACAGUAUGUGAAGAGCAACUUGUAUGAUAGACUUUCAACAAGACCCUUUCUGACAUCCAUAGAAAAGAAGUGGAUUGCUUUUCAGCUUUUGUAUGCUCUAAAGCAAGCUCAUCAACAGGGGGUUUACCAUGGUGAUGUGAAGCUUGAAAAUGUUAUGGUAUCUUCAUGGAAUUGGCUGUUACUGGCAGACUUUGCCACCAUCAAGCCCACAACACUACCAGAAAAUGACCCUGCAGAUUUCACAUACUUUUUUGAUACUUCUCGCAGACGGACAUGUUACCUUGCACCAGAAAGGUUUUCAAGUGCUCUCCAAACUGAGUCCCAACAUGCAGUAAUGGAUGUAAAAGAUAAAGAUGUCCUCACACCAGCUAUGGAUGUAUUCUCUGCUGGAUGUUGUCUUGCUGAAUUGUUUACAGAGGGUCAUGCUCUGUUUGAUCUGACACAAUUGUUGGCUUACCGAGUGGGAGACUACCUUCCCACCAAGGUGCUGGACAAGAUUGAUGAUCCACGAGUGAAGGCCAUGGUUGAACACAUGAUACAGAGGGAUCCCAGCAGCAGGCAAAGCAUAGAUCAGUAUCUGGAUCAGGAACGAGGACUUGCAUUUCCUGAGCACUUCUACUCCUUUCUGUGGCCUUUCCUGAAGCAGUUUGCAGUGACGCCCAUUAUGCCACAUGAUGACAAAAUUAAACAAAUCAAGAAUAGCUUAAGUGACAUUCUUGUGGCUCUGGGAGCAGAAGAUAAAGAUUUAAUCAAUGAAGAGGCUGUCGAUGAAGAGAAAAAAGAUAAAGAAAAGCCAGACAGGAAAUGUGAAGCACUAAUUAUUAUAUCAUCCUUGAUCAGUUCAUCUCUAAGGGCCUUGCACUUCACGUCGUCUAAGUUGGAUGCACUUGAAUUACUUGGGAAAUUAUCAGAAUAUGUACCAGAUGAAAUAAUUUUGGAUCGAAUUCUACCAUAUAUAUUCCACCUCUUGCAUGAUGAUGAACCUCGAGUGCGGGUGUGUUCUAUCCACACACUCACUCACUGCCUCACCCUUGUGGCAAGUGUACCAAGAUCUGAUGCAAAUAUUUUUCCGGAGUACAUCCUCCCAAGCCUUGCUGAUAUCAUACAAGAUGAAGUCAUCAUUGUGCGGCAAGCUUAUGCAGAAAAUAUAGCUACUAUAGCUGAAACAGCACUAAGAUUUUUGGAGUACAGUCAGUUACAAGGAAUGAUGACAUCAUAUAGCUAUGAAACAGAGUUGGCAACUCUUCAAGAGGUCAUCCAACAAAAGGUGGCUACAAUGUUCUCAGAUCCAUCAAAUGUAGUGAAGCGGACUCUCAUGGAAAAGACUGUCACAAAACUGUGUGUAUUCUUUGGCAAGCAGAAAGCUAAUGAUGUGCUUCUCUCUCAUAUGAUAACCUUUUUAAAUGACAAGCAUGAUCGUCAUCUGCGACUGUCGUUCUUCACCAGCAUUGUUGGAGUAGCAGCAUAUAUAGGCUGUCACUGUGCUGAUAUUCUUAAGCCUUUAUUAUUGCAGGGACUAAGUGAUGCUGAAGAGUCUGUGGUUGUAGCAGCUAUUGAGGCCAUGACAUCAUUGACAGAGUUGGGUCUUUUCCCCACCCACCUGCAAUGUGAUCUCCUCACUCACACAUCACCGCUUCUUAUACACCCGAACCUUUGGAUACGCCAGUCUGUGGUUGGCCUGGUGAGUGUCAUAGCUGGCUUGCUACCCUUGGUCAAUGUUCAGACAGCCAUUGUUGCCAGAGUUCAGCCAUUCCUGGUGAAGCCUCUCCUGCAGCUAAACAGAGAAGUUUGCAUACUGUCGUGUUUGCGUCCUCCUAUCUCACGAGAGGUGUUUGAUGCUCUGGUGAAGAGUGCCGAUGUUGGACAGGUUCUUUCACUCCUUCAGGAUGCACAGAAGCAGAAAAUUCCUUUAGCUACAUUGCCGUCAAGUCUCUCACAUAUUGAUCAUCCCACCAGAAAUCUGUUGAGACGCUUGGUUGGUGGUGGACUGACUGAAGAAAAUAUUGAACAGCUGAUCAAGAUGCAAGACCAUCUAACUCGCCUCCAGCGACAGAAAAAGGCGACAGAAGCCAUCCGUAGCAGCUCACAACAGCAGCAGCAACAGCUUGGCUUGAUCAGUAUCGGUGAAAAGCGAGUACCUACACGUAGUUAUCACCUUUUGCCUGAAGAUGGAAGGAUUGAUGGCUCAACUUUACAUUUGUCACACAAAGGAUUAAUCCAGUCUCCCAGUUUGGCUAUGAAUGAAGAAUGGCAGGCCAUGUUUGGCACCACAGAAGACUGUGGCUCCCCUGGAAGAGCAGCAGAGAACAGAUCUGUAUCUCCUGUGGACUCUGAGACAGGACACAGUGGACCAGCCACUGUUCCAGGCUCAAAAUCAACACCUGAAGGGGAUAAGAAGGGAAAAAUAAAAUGUGUAUCUAGCUGUAAAAAGGAGCUUGAAAGUCUGGUAGCUAUAAAGUGUGAGGAGCACCUUGAGUGUGUAAGGAAGAGGAGGGCUUUGGACACCCUGGCCUGGGAUACACGGUUGCCACCACCUGGCUGGCGACCAAGAGGACACCUGAUGGCCCAUCUCCAUGAACACCAUGGCUCUGUCAACAGGCUUGUGCCGAUUGGUGAUUCAUCAAUUUAUGCCAGCUGCUCCAGUGAUGGAACAGUCAAAGUGUGGGACUGCUACCGAAUUGAGAGGAAGUUUGCAAUUAACAGAUCCAAAUUUACAUAUAGUCGUCAAGGUGGAUCCAUACUAGCCAUCACUCCUUGCAUCACGACACAAAGUAUUGCUUCUGCUUCGACUAAUGGAUCUAUACAUGUUGUGAGACUCGACAAAAUGACUUUGGCAAAUAGUUGCCAGCUAGUUCCAGAGAAAGAUGGAUAUGUUGUGGAUAUGCACUUCUUUGAUACAGGAUCUCAGUCUGUAUUAACAUAUGCAACUGUGUAUGGCACAAUAGUUGGUUGGGAUCUACGGGCCCCUGAAGUUGCCUGGAAGCUGGAGAAUGGCCCCAGGAAAGGAGUCAUUACUUCUUAUGCCUUGGAAGGAACUCAGAGUUGGUUAGUGGCGGGAACCAGCAGUGGGCAUCAUGUGUGUUGGGAUCUUAGAUUCAUGCUGCCAAUCUCUACAAUCACUCAUCCAAGAGGUGCUGCUGUGCGUCGGGUCAAUAUGCACCCUAAAGAAGGCUCCUGGGUAGUGUCUGCAAUCAAUGGCAACAAUGAAAUCUCUAUGUGGGAUAUGGAGACCCAGUCCAGGCACAUGACUUUGUGGGCUAGUCCUAAGCCUCCUCUUUGCAUGACUCAGCCCUGUAAUAACAGUGUGUUGGGGAUGUAUGUUGGCCAAGGAGACAGAGGAGCAUACGUCCUGGCUGGUGGCACAGAUUCCAUACUGCGUUAUUGGGACUUGUGUGACCCGAAGUCUUCCUACAUAGUAUGUCAUGGAGCCAAUGACAGCCUGGGAUCCUGCUCCUACAGUUCUCGAGUUGUAGAUGGGACUGAAGUUAUUGUGGAAAGUACCUCUAAGCCACGGACCAAUCCUAGUGCUGGAGAUGACAUGCCCAGAAGAGGACCAGACCAGCCUCCUCCUGGACACAAGGACAUUAUAUCAGAUGUCAUUGUAAUGAAUGAACCCCAGCGACUCGUUAUCACCUCAGCUCGAGAUGGAACCAUAAAAAUGUGGAAGUAAGCAGAGGUAUGCAAUAUUUGUACAUUAUAAUAUGAGCUCUAGAAAUAUUAUUUAGACAACAGAAAGUGGAAUAUUUAAUAAACUUUAUUACUAAAUUAUUAUAGUACUUCAUAUUUUCUUAAGGAAUGAGUUUAAUGGACCAGUAUGAAAUUUACAUAUGUUUGUAUGUUUUUUUGGAUUAAAGAGCAGUGAUACAGGUUAGUAGACAAAUGCAGCAGAAUUGGUAAAAUUUAUAUUAAGAUUAAGUAAGGAAGAUGUAUUUAAUUUCAUUCUGAAUAUAUAGUCAUUUCUUUGUGAUAUUACUAUUGAUUAAUUGUGCGUAUGUGCGAAAGUAUGUGUGUGUAUUGUGUGUGUGUAUGCAGUACAGCAUCCCCAAGGUCAGAAUUAAACUAUAUUAAACAUGCAGAAAUUGUUUUGAUAUCAGAGAAAGCUCUUUUCAGCUGUUCUUGUUAAUACUGUAUAUCAUAGUAAGAGUGAGUAGUGGGGUGUGUAGUGUAAUGUGAGUCAUGAGUGUCGGGGUCUUGGGCCCUGGUUUGUUGAUGACCCAGGCAACCCAGCGUCAGAAUAUUCAAGGGCUAAUGUACAGGAGUUUCCAGUUGGCUCCUGAAAAAUAUUUUAGCUUUUUUUUUUUUUUUUUUUAAUCUAAAUACACAGCUCUGAGCUCUGUUGUAAAAUUUCAUUGUUCUAUAGAACAGAUGAAAUCGGUUAGAUUUAUAAUUUAAACCUUUCCAUGUGUUUUAAGAUUCAUGACACUUGUAAUAUGCAGUGUUGAACAGUGAAUGGUGACUGCAUUGUCAAUGAUAUGAUGUCCAUGGUUUAGUGUGUGAUCAUCUUCAUAAAUGUUCUAACAUUUUUAUUUAUGUAUUUUAAGUAUA